AUGCCCUUCUUCAAGAAAUUGAGAGCCAAAGCAGGCAAUUUCAAGGCCAGCUCCAAAAGAGAGUACAAGACUCUCCACUCUAAUCACGAUGCAUUAUUAACGCAAGAUGCAACUGUCUCUGACAGCUCGUGCUCGAAGUCAUCCAAUCCACCAAGCUUUGACCCUUCUGAGACGAAAUGGAUUGUUGUUCGCUCUACCAACGCGGCAUUUCAGGAAGCAUGGGAUAUGCAUUGGCAAGAACUUACAGAGGAGGAAAGGAUCGCUUGGAGUCGUGACCGUGCGGAAAUCAGCCCGUUGAAAGUUCAGAAGACGGUCGAGAGUCUGGAUAAAUCCCACAAAGAGCGAGCCAUUACGCGACAAUGGGCAGAUAAAACCCUUCGAUUCCUUCGCGCUGUGGAGACAUUGAUGGCAGGCGCUGCAAUUGGUAUCCAGCAAUAUCCGGAUGUCAGCUCGAUAGUGGUAGGAGUCAUUAGAGUUAUUAUCAACGCUGCUGUGAGGUAUUUCGAAUAUUAUGAGAAACUCACGGUGAUGCUCGAGCGGCUCUCGAAUGAUCUUGAAGUCUUUGAUCUGUACUCGAAGAGGAGUAGAUGUGAACCUUUGCUGCAUAAAACUCUUGUUGCAGUAUACGGAGACAUACUCGCAUUCUGUCGACAUGCCAGACGCGUCUUCGUCAAUGACCAGGGGAAAGAAAAGUCACAAGGUGCUCUCUUGGUAUUUUUGAAAGUUCAAUGGGCUCCUUUCGAAGAGCAAUUUGGCCGUAUAAAGUCGGACCUUGAAUAUCACAUACGAAAUCUGGACAAAAUCACUUCCGCAAUAACUCUAACUUCUACCCUGGAUAUUCAGGAAGAGAUGAACAGGAGGCGCUCGCUGGAACGUAAAAAUGAAAGAGGAAAUUUUCUCCGAUGGAUUUCUGAAGAAGACAGCGAAGAGAUUCAUGUCGAAGCCCGUAGGAAACGGCAUGCAGAUACCGGGGCAUGGCUCUUUUCCAAUGACAAGUUCGAGAAGUGGUUGUCAGCCGAUAACUCAAAUCAUCUCUGGUGUUUCGGACGUGCCGGAAUUGGAAAGAGUAUCCUGGCAUCUAUGGUCAUCGAUCAUCUCGUGGAACUCAGUACACAACAGAAUUUCGCAGUAGUAUUUGCUUACUUGAAGGGAGAAGAUACAGACAUGCAGCGUCUACCUGCACGAGUGGUAUCCAUGUUCAUAAAACAACUGUGUCGAAAGAUGCCAGCACUUCCAGAUGAGGUCUUGGAUUUCUAUCACAAAUUUACUCGAGAUGCACGACAACCUCUCUUUGAAGACCUCACGAGUCUUUUUGUCCAAUGCACACGCCAUCUCAAGAAGGUCUUUAUGGUACUGGACGGCCUGGACGAAUGCCCUGAGGAGUACCGGAGACCAAUUCUGGAAUUUAUAUGCACAGUUGGCACCCCAGGCAUGAACAUGCAGGCUUUUGUGACUAGUCGAUGGGAACGUGACAUCUACCACAUCUUCUCUCAACAGAGUGUAGCGAGGCUGGAAAUACAGCCAGCGCAUGUGGAGGAGGAUAUCUCUAAAGUCGUGAGACAUAAAGUGGAAACAGACUUGUGGAAAAUCAGCCCAGAUCUUCAACAGGAAGUUAUACAUACCCUUACAAAAAAAUCUGGGGGAAUGUUUUUGUGGGUUGAUUUACAAUUGAAAGACCUGCACCAAGUCCCUGAAGCUGAUAUUAAAAGACAGCUUGCGAUGCUACCCACGGGUUUGCAGGCUACCUAUGUGCGUGUGUUUCAGAAGAUGAGCAUGCUGCCCAAAACAAGCAGAUCACUUGCGCAGAAGUGCUUUCUUUGGGCGUUCCACACAAAAAAGCUUCUUAACUCCGGCCAGUUUCUCGACGCGGUUUCAUUGGAAAAUAAAAUCCAGUAUUGCGCCGGAGACCAGCUGCCGGAAUAUUCCAUCCAAGACAUUAAGGAGGUUACCUUUAAUCUGCUACAAAUAUAUGCAUUUGGGCUGCUCCGUGUGCGGCCUAUUCACUUCUCCGUGCAGGAAUUUUUCAUGAAUUUCAAGUCUGCCAAUAUACCUCAAGAGUGUCGAGACUUCUUUCCAACACAAGAAGAGGCGAACGCUCAGCUGGCUAUAUUGUGUCUUCAGCAUCUACUUGUAGAGGCGCCCCCAGCUGAACCUUUGGAUUCAAUAUUGUUCUACUGUGCCUCAUUCUUCGAUAGUCACAUCAGAAGCUUGACCACGAUACCACAGACCCUGAUGGAUUUGCUUGAUCGUUUGUUUCGGAAAGAAGCACAUCAACUUGUCAGGAUUCUGGCACUGCGGUGGCCAACUUCGCAUCACAAAUAUCCAGAUGUCGAUUGCCCUGGAAAUCCCCGAUCAGUUGAUCCCAACUUUUUCCUGAGGUGCACUAAGCUCGACACUGUGCCACAGAUCUGGUCUAGAUAUUCAGAUCCAGAGUCCCAUCAGUAUCCACAGGAUUACCUCCACUUAGCUGCUCUGACAGGAUUGGAGGACAUUGUCAGAGUCAUUAUCUCUCAAGACAAUGUCGAUAUCAACCGCGUGGACGCUGGUGGUUUUACUGCUCUGCAUGGUGCAAUCGAAAUGGGUGAAUGUGGGGUAAUUCGCCUACUGCUUGAUUCAGGAGCCGAUUGGUACUUGGAUAGCAGUCAAGAGUAUGGGUCUCCAAUUCAGUUGGCAGUGAUGAGAGGGAAUCCGAAAGUGAUCAACUGCUUCGUUGAACGAAAAGACAUAUUCAACUUAGCAGUUUUUAUCCGCUCUAUGGACAAGGACAAUCCAAAGGCCGUCACAACUCUUCUCGACUGCGGUGCGGAUGUUAAUCAGCUUGAUGAGACCGGUCAUAGCCCGCUUGAAGUCGCCAUCGAAGCAGGAUUCGUCGAAACUGCUCAGCUUUUAAUCAGUCACGGUGCAAAGGCCAACAUCUCGAAAGCAUCCGAAGGAACUACUCUCGGUACGGCGAUAUGA